GGUUUUCGCGAGGAAGCGCUGCCAGCUUCAAAGAUUACGACGGCCCCGCCCUGCGAGUAAUGCGCGUGCGCCUUUUAAUUCCGGCCUCUGCCUCCCCUAGCCAAGAGGCUGGAAGAAACAGACCAGUGGCAGACAGAAGAGGGUGUUGCGCAUGCGCUCCAGAACUGCCUCCUUGUAGUCCUUAUACCCGACCUUGUAAACAGGUAACGGCAGGAUGGGGCACGAAGUCGGGUGCUUUUGAAGCCAAGCAACAUCCAAGCCUAGAACGGCCGUCCUACGAGCGACGGGGAUCCCCCCUCCGGCAACAUGGACAGGUAACAGGAUAUUGCUUUGCUGCGGGGCCAGAGAGUGAGAAUGACAGAGUGCUUCCUGCCUCCCACCAGCAGCCCCAGUGAGCAUCGGAGGGUGGAGCACAGCGGGAGUCUUGCUCGAACCCCAAGCUCUGAAGAAAUCAGCCCAACAAAAUUCCCAGGCUUGUAUCGAACUGGUGAACCUUCACCCCCUCACGACAGCCUCCAUGAACCUCCGGAUAUUGUGUCUGAUGAUGAAAAAGAUCAUGGGAAGAAAAAAGGGAAAUUUAAGAAGAAAGAGAAAAGAACGGAAGGUUAUGCAGCCUUCCAGGAAGACAGUUCUGGAGAUGAAGCUGAAAGUCCAUCCAAGUUAAAACGCUCCAAGGGGAUCCAUGUCUUUAAGAAGCCAAGCUUCUCCAAAAAGAAGGAAAAGGAUUUCAAGAUAAAAGAAAAACCCAAAGAUGAAAAGCACAAGGAGGACAAGCACAAAGAGGAGAAGCAUAAAGAGAAAAAAUCAAAAGACUUAACAGCAGCAGACGUUGUCAAACAGUGGAAAGAAAAGAAGAAAAAGAAAAAGCCAACUCAAGAGGCAGAGAUACCCCAGAUGGAUGUUCCUAGGCUACGACCUGUGUUUGGCAUUCCUCUGGCAGAUGCAGCAGAAAGGACCCUGUUAUACGAUGGCAUCCGCCUGCCUGCAGUUUUCCGGGAAUGUAUAGAUUAUGUAGAGAAAUAUGGCAUGAAAUGUGAAGGCAUCUACAGAGUUUCAGGAAUUAAAUCAAAAGUGGAUGAACUAAAAGCUGCCUACGAUCGAGAAGAAUCUCCAAAUCUAGAGGAGUAUGAGCCCAACACUGUAGCCAGCUUAUUGAAGCAGUACCUGCGAGAACUGCCUGAAAAUUUGCUUACCAAAGAGCUAAUGCCACGCUUUGAAGAUGCCUGUGGGAAGAGCGCGGAAGUUGAGAAAGUGCAAGAGUGCCAGCGCCUCCUGAAAGAUCUGCCAGAGUAUAACCGUCUUUUGAUUUCCUGGCUGGUUGUGCACAUGGACCAUGUCAUUGCAAAGGAGCUGGAAACAAAAAUGAACAUCCAGAACAUUUCCAUAGUACUCAGCCCUACUGUUCAGAUCAGCAACCGUGUCCUGUAUGUUUUUUUUACUCAUGUUCAAGAGUUCUUUGGAAAUGUGACUCUUAAGCCCGUGACAAAGCCUCUUCGUUGGUCUAACAUGGCAACGAUGCCAGCAUUGCCAGAAACUCAAGAGAGCAUCAAAGAAGAAAUUAGGCGCCAGGAGUUCCUUUUGAACUGUUUGCACCGAGACCUGCAAGUGGGGAUCAAAGAUUUAUCCAAAGAGGAGAGAUUAUGGGAGGUGCAAAGAAUUUUGACUGCUCUCAAAAGGAAACUAAGGGAAGCUAAGAGACAAGAGUGUGAGACCAAGAUUGCUCGGGAGAUUGCCAGCCUUUCAAAGGAGGAUGUUUCCAAAGAGGAAAUGAAUGAGAAUGAAGAAGUUAUAAAUAUUCUGCUUGCUCAGGAGAAUGAGAUUUUGACAGAACAAGAAGAACUACUGGCAAUGGAGCAGUUUUUGCGCAGGCAAAUAGCCUCUGAAAAGGAGGAGAUAGAUCGCCUGAGAGCAGAAAUAGCAGAAAUUCAAAGCCGCCAGCAUGGUCGAAGCGAAACUGAGGAAUAUUCUUCAGAAAGCGAAAGUGAGAGUGAAGAUGAGGAAGAGCUACAGAUAAUUUUGGAAGAUUUGCAAAGACAAAAUGAAGAGCUGGAGAUUAAGAACAACCAUCUGAACCAAGCAAUUCAUGAGGAGCGGGAAGCCAUCAUUGAGUUGCGAGUGCAGCUUCGGCUUUUGCAGAUGCAGCGAGCAAAAUCAGAGCAGCAGGUGCAGGAAGAAGAAGAGCUUGAGAAGCGGGGAAGCACAUCGCAGCAGCCACUGCCAAGAGACUCUGUCCCCCCAGAGACGAAAGUAACAAAAGAACAGCCAAAGGCAACCAAGGAACCAGUGAAGCCAUCGCCAAGCAAAGACAGAAAGGAAACACCAAUUUAAUUGGAUUCCUCAGGUAUUCAGAAUAUCUCCUGGGCAAAGCCAGGACUGUGCAACUUACUGUAAAUCUGAGGUGUGUAUAUUCUGUAAAUAACCUUCUUUUACACCAUGGAGACAUUUUGUCUCCUUCCUACCUGUGGCUUCUGCCUAUCAGGCUCAGGUUACUUGGAAGGACAAAGCAAUUUGAGAUGGGGCACGAGAAGGAAAAGGGGUGCAGCACAGCAGUUACUUGGCCAUGCCAUAUAUUGAUUUCAGGUGACCUUAAAGGACUCAGUGGGAAUAAUAAUAGGUUUCUGAAACAGUCCCAGCAAUUCUCUUGUGCAUUAUCAAUCUAAGGCCUACCUUAUCCCAUACAUCUUACUUUUUUGGGGAAACAUCUGUAUGUGCCAUGUGUAGAUCAUACAAGCAUCUUUUUGGCUAUGUAUACACAGGUUGGGAAGCAGCAAAAUAGAUAUGUGUGAGCAAAAAUCUCUUGUAACAGAGAUCUUGCUUCCCCCCUGUGCCUGUAUAGGUAAAAGGUUAUAUGUGGACUGGUCCUUGGGUGGUGGGGUGGAGAGAUGCAGCUCAGAAACCAUAAAUGCACUUGCCUUGUGAAUUUCUUUGCUCUAUCUUGCAGUUCUACUUUUACUCACUUCUGUGUGUGCCUUUGGUACAGAUUAUAUACAAAGGAGCUUUAAAAAUAGAUAGGUCUGAGCAGCUGGAAAUUUCUUCAAAUGAAAAACAUUAGUGUUAUUUAAUAUGUUCCCUUUGUUUAACAUUCUUAAAACUAAAAUGAAAAUGCAUGUAAAAGCGUGCAGAUGAGAAUGAUGAGUAUGUCCCCAUUAAAAAAAAAAACCCUAAGAGCUGUUAAAUCUUGGCAAUGCACUUAUAGGUUAACUAGGGAAUACAAAUUACUUCUGAUUGGGCCCGUCUUCAUACUGUUAAGUGUAUAGCAAACAGCCUCUUAAUGCAGACAAAAAAAUUGUUUUCGAAGUUGAUUCCUAGGUUAGUUAAAAUCCUGUGAAUAAUGGUUUGGUGAUAAAAGAGAGUGGACCUUAUUGCUUGUUUUGGGAAGCCUUUCUGUUUCCAUAAGCAGGUAAUCUAUUCCUUUAAAAAGGUCAAUGUACACAUGAGCGCUGCAGGAGCUGGAUGAAGGAUUCCUGAUGUGAGUGUAAAGGUGACUGAGCAGAGAUUCGUGACAUGCAUGGAACUCCUCCUCUCUUCUUCAGCAGAGAGUGCAAUAUGAUGUGCACAUCCCUUUACACCAAGCUGGCUAGUCAAGGCUAUGUAUGCAUCUGUAAGUGAAUGCAAGGCUUUUCCUUGGGGGUUUUCUGCCUCUUGGCAGGGUCUCUGUUGCUGCCCCCCGAAUUCCGUAGUACGGUGCAAAGCAACUUUCUGCCUGCAUACAUGUGAUGAGCUGGGUUCAUCAACAGCCUUCUGUUUCAUUCUUCAAAGCUGCCAGCUAUUCAUUGUUAGGGUCCUCGUUGUCUUUCAAAGGCCCCCAUAUUUUUAAUGCCCAGUUUUGUUGAGUUAGAUCGCUCAUAUCAACAAUACCGAAUAGAACUCUGCAGGGUGUUUAUCAGAUUUUUGUUUCUAGUCUGCAUAUUUAUUUUUCAGUAUGGUUGUUGUUUUUGCCUAUUGCACUGUUGUGAAUCAUUGGCCAUGAUCUAAUUUUUUGUACAAAUAAUGUUUUGAGAUGUGUUACAGAGAACAGCAUAUUUUUUUAAAACCUUGGAAGAAGAGAGUAUAUGGGGACUAGUUGGAUGACAGUUCUGUGUGCAUAAAGCAUUUACCCUGGCCUGUUACAUACAUUUUAUAUUUGCUGGCAGUAUUUAAACCCUUUUGUUUGUUUUUGUUUCAAUUCACACUAAUUUCUAUUAAGCUGUCAAACUUUUAUAUAAUCAAUGUUCAUCAAACCAAUCUCUUGCUAUUGGUUAACUUCUGUUUUGUCAAGAACAUGUUAAUCAAGUAAAUGAAUUCAACAGCCA